AUUACAGAAAACGCCAUCUAUUGAGAGAAAUAUCGUAAAAAACAGUGGUGUACACAUGAGCCGGUUGAGCCCAUCUUGACAGAAUCCCUAUCGGGAAAAUAUAGUUGUUUUUGCUUGUAAAGAUGCGAGAAAGCCUAUAAAGCAAAAUAUCUGGAAGCUAUGGAUGACCACAACAACACAAAUCAGCAGCCAUCGUAUCCCUUUAAUAAUGGAUAUCACUACAGUCAAACCAACCAUUUCAUUCCAACCAUGCACUAUAAUUUUCCUCCACCGCCUUUCCAUGAAAUGAAUAUCCCACCUCCUUCUCUGCCUUUAGGAUGUGAAUUCCAGCAACCGCCUCCUUACACACUUGCUCCACAUGCACUACAGUUAAGUUAUCCACCAAUGCCUGAUCCUUUUACCCCAAGCUAUUCUCAAGUCAGCCAAUAUUCGACUGGUCAAUAUGUUACACUUCAGCAACAUGUACCAGCUUGGAAUCCUGUGCAGAGUAAUGCUACACAGCCAUUGGUUUCGAGACUCCAAGGACCAUAUUCAGGCCACAAGCCAGUGUCAAAAAGACCACUGUCCAGUAGAGCAAGUGAAAAGCCAGCUAUGUCGCGGUCCAUCUCUUUAGCUACUGGAAGAUCUGAGCAAAGAAAGGCAUCUCAAAAUUCGACUUAUGAGGAAGAACAUAUCACUGAGCCAGAUCAAUAUUCUAGCAUAACUCCUGAAGAAAUCAUGGAAAAUGAGCGAAAAAUAUGGACUCGCUGUGCACCUGCUGAUCUCUACUAUACCCGUGAUGUGGCUAACCCUCGGUUGAUGCGUGGCACUGAUAAAUUGAAGAUUACAAUCAAUCAGUUUAGUAAUGACCUUCUUAAACGUGGAGACGAAGCGCGGACGAUGCAACCGAAAUUUGACUAUCCCUCCCGCAAGACUAGGAAACAUGGUGCACACUGCGGCGGCCCUUGUAAAGAGAAAGCCAAAAAGGCUUGUGAGUCUGAUUCAAGUACCUCCGAUUCAUCGUCGGAGGAAGAGGAUGAAGUCGACUUGGUACUCCAAGAAUUGGAAAGAAAAAAACAGCAUCCGGCUCGACUUCAUCCUGAGCUGUGGUAUAAUGACCCUGGUGAAAUGAAUGAUGGCCCGUUAUGUCGCUGCAGCUUUAAAGCCCGUCGAACUGGCAUUCGACAUGGAAUUUACGCAGGAGAAUCGUCAGCCAUGAUUUGUGACCGUAACUCGAAUAAUGGGGACAUUUUGCAUCACUAUCGGGUGACGAUUUCGCCUCCGACGAAUUUUCUUUUAAAGCGGCCGACAGUUAUCCAUCAUGAUGGACAUGAGUUCAUUUUUGAAGGUUUCUCACUUCUGUCUCACUACCCGCUCGAUAAAGUGCCUACCUGCAAGGUCAUUCGUUUCAACAUUGAAUAUACAAUCGUCUAUAUUGAAGAAAAAGUUCCAGAUAACUUUACCAUUGAGGAACUCGAAUUAUUUAGCCAUUAUUUAUUCCACGAAUUGCUUGAAUUGGUCGACUUUAACCUUCAUGCAGCUGGGGAUGCAAGUGGUUGUCCCCAAUUUCAUAUCCUUCCGCGUUUUGUAAGAGACCUACCCGACCACGGCAAGGAAAUGUUGUCGAUGAACCAAGUGCUUACGUAUCUAAUUCAGCAAAAUGUACCUGUGGUAGACGACACGGAGUUGGGUUACCAGCUCAAAUUACCUCAGCAUGAGUGGCAAAAUAUGGCAGAUUUUACAAAAGGAAUGAUUGUCACGAAACCAGGAGCCAAACCUUGUUCAUUAAGAGUAGACCAACUUGAUCGUGACCAACUACGAGCGGAUGUCAUCAGCUACCCGGAGAUUGUUCAUUUUGGCAUUCGGCCACCUCAGCUCAGCUAUGCCGGCAAUCCAGAGUACCAAAAGGCGUGGCGAGACUAUGUUAAAUUUCGCCACCUACUCGCUAACAUGCCAAAGCCAUCAUUUGAGGACAAACGAAAACUAGAAGCAAAAGAGAACCGGCUUCAAGAGAUGCGACUGCAGAAUAAUAUGAAACGUGAUGUGACAGUCGCCGUCUCUAGUCAAGGAUUUUACCGCACCGGAAUUAUGUGUGACGUCGUUCAGCACGGAAUGUUGCUUCCCGUUCUAGUUUGUCACUUACGUUUUCAUAAGUCGCUGGAUGUUCUUGAAGAAAGGAUUAAAUAUCGUUUCAAUAAUCGGUAUUUGCUACAAUUAGCUCUUACUCAUCCGUCCUACCGCGAAAACUUUGGAACCAACCCAGACCACGCUCGCAAUUCGCUAACCAACUGCGGUAUCCGUCAGCCAGAGUACGGUGACAGGCGCAUCCACUAUAUGAACACGCGAAAACGUGGAAUAAAUACGUUAAUCAACAUCAUGUCCCGUCUUGGCAAAAAACAGGAGACGGAGUCUAGCAUCACUCACAAUGAAAGAUUAGAAUUUCUCGGAGAUGCUGUGGUCGAGUUCUUAGCUUCCAUUCACCUUUAUCACAUGUUUCCUGAUUUAGAAGAGGGAGGUUUGGCGACCUAUCGAGCAGCCAUUGUCCAGAACCAACACCUUGCUCAGUUAGCCAAAAACCUUCGGCUUGAUCAAUUCAUGUUAUACGCUCAUGGAUCGGAUUUGUGUCACGAUUUGGAAUUGAGACAUGCGAUGGCAAACUGUUUUGAAGCAUUGAUGGGAGCACUCUUCCUGGAUGGUGGAAUAUCUGUGGCUGAUAGGGUGUUUUCCAACACACUCUUCAUGGACGAAAAAGACUUGUUGGAUGUCUGGGUCAACUAUCCGUCUCAUCCGUUGCAAGAGCAAGAAUUGGGUGGAGAUAGGAAAUGGAUCUCGUCCUUUCCCCUUUUACAAAAGAUGGUUGAAUUUGAAGAGUCGAUUGGAACACAGUUCACCCAUAUUCGACUUCUUGCUCGAGCCUUCACCGAUCGCAGCAUUGGCUUCAAUAAUUUAACGUUGGGAUCAAACCAGCGAUUGGAGUUUCUAGGCGACACUGUUCUUCAGCUGAUAGCAUCCGAAUAUCUCUACAAAUUCUUCCCGGAGCAUCACGAGGGACAUUUAUCUUUACUGCGAAGUUCACUCGUCAACAAUCGCACACAGGCCGUUGUGUGUGACGAUUUGGGCAUGACCAAUUACGCACUGUAUUCAAGUCCUAAAGCUGAACUGAAAACAAAAGACAGAGCCGAUUUAUUAGAAGCUUUUCUUGGCGCAUUGUACGUGGAUAAAGGACUGGAGUACUGUCAAACCUUCUGUCAGGUUUGUUUCUUUCCCCGCUUGCAAGACUUUAUCCUUCAUCAGGACUGGAACGAUCCUAAAUCGAAACUUCAACAAUGUUGUCUUACGCUGCGCACAAUGGACGGUGGUGAGCCGGAUAUUCCAGUUUACAAAGUGAUUGAGUGCAAGGGUCCAACGAAUACGCGCGUCUAUUCCGUUGCCGUUUAUUUUCGUGGAGUUCGAUUGGCCAGUGCAUCCGGGCAUAGCAUUCAACAAGCGGAAAUGAAUGCAGCUAAAGAAGCUCUUGAAAAGUCAAAAGAUCUCUUCCCGCAACUGAAUCAUCAGAAGAAAGUUAUCGGCAACACUGCCAAUGUACCUGGCCGCAAAACUGGUUCUGGUUGCGCUUAUGCAGACGAAGAAGGAGAGAUAACUCCCUAACGAAAUGCUAUAUGCAAAAGUAGGCAAAUAUUCUCCCUUUGGUCUACACACAAACAAAAAACCAAUGACUUCAAGGGAAUGUUUGUGAUCUAAUUAUUCCUAAAUUUUAAAAAGAAUUUUUAGGAGAUUCAGCAAUAAUCCAAGAAAAAAUUUAACAUUUCAAAUCCUGUUUCAAAGACAGCGCAAAAUGUUCCACCGAUGGCAUUCUUUUUCUUACACAUUUUUGCCAAUUGAAAAAAUACAGGGAGCCAGAAUGUUCGUUUAAA